AUGAAGAGCAUGGAGCGCGAGCUGCAUUGCCCAGUGUGUAAGGAGAUCGUCAAGCAGCCCGUGGUCCUGCCAUGUCAGCACAGCGUCUGCCUGAUGUGUGCCUCAGAGGUCCUGGUUCAAAAUGGCUACCCUCCUCCGGAGCUGCCGCCCGAGCCCAACUCUCCUGCCUCCACCCCCAACACCCGCUCUCCCCACCAGGCACGCAGGUCCAUGCCCAGCAAGGCCGACCAUCGACCCAUCGACCGCGUGCUACGUUCAGGUAAUGUGUGUGUGUGUGAGUGUGUGCACAUGAGAGAGAGUGUGUGUGUGUCUUUAGAUCCACUGUCGAAUGUGACGAUCAAUAGGACUAGUCUGGGGAUGCGAUGGGAAUACACACAACCUCUUCUCAUUAUCUCUUUCUCUAUUCUCCUCCACUCUUUACCCAUCCCCCUCUCCCACCCUGUGUCCAGGACUUGGGAUGUAUCAGUCGCCGGGGCGACGGCGUAAGGAACCGCCCCCUGCGAUGUUGUUUCCAUGCCCACCCUGUGGGAGGGAGGUAGAGCUGGGAGAAAAGGGCCUGACUGACUGCCUGCGUAACCUCACCUUGGAACGCAUUGUAGAGAGGUAACACACAUACUUACACUUAUACACGCACGCACACAUGCACGUAUGCACAGGCAUAUGUAGUGGAGGUGUCGGCUCAUGGUCUUGUGAGCCCUUACGGGACAUAUCUCGAAUUUUACGUGAUCCCAUGUGAUCUUAUGUGAAGUUAAUGUGAUAACAUGUAAAGCAACGUGAAAUCAUGAUCACAUUUGGUGUUCCAAAAUUACGUUUUCACAUGAUUUUCUGAAUUUAGCGUGAGGGAGGAUGUAGCCCUCCCUGCCUGCAAAAUCAGUGUCACCGUCAGGAAGGAAUUUCCUCUUGGUCUGUUUAAGAUGUUUGUUCCCAAGCGGUUCAGAUCUCACAUUUACAUUUGAGUCAUUUAGCAGAUGCUCUUAUCCAGAGCGACUUACAGGAGCAAUUAGGGUUAAGUGCCUUGCUCAAAGGCACCUCGACAGAUUUUCCACCUAGUCGGGGAUUCAAACCAAUAACCUUUCAGUUACUGGCCCAAGCUCUUAACCGCUAGGCUACCUGCUGCCCCUGACACACACACACGCACACACACACUCACACAAAGACACAAACAAAAACAGCAUUCAUACUGUGGUCGGUCGUUACAUGCCUAAAUGCUGCAGGGUAGGCUAUAGUGUAACAUUUCAAUUAGUAUCAGCUUUAGCCCCCUGAACAGUGAGUAAGAGAAUGUGUCCAAGUACUGCGUCCCAAAUGGCACCUUGGUAAAAAGUAGUGCGGCCCCUGGUCAAAAGUAGUGUACUAUAUAGGGAAUAGGGUGCCAAGUGCUGACUCUUGUUAAUCAGCAUGAAGCUGAGCUAGAGAGGAAACUAGCAGAUCUCACAAACUAGCAGAGCUCCUGCAACCUACUGCAGCAGACAGACUGCACUUCCACUGGAUUACUGUAGUGUAACUGCUAACAGCUUAUUUUCCCUAUGUACAGUAACCUCGUUAUGCUAUUUAUCACCCUGUCUACCCAUCCCCUCUCUCUCUGUCUUGGCACCGUUCUCUCCUUCCACCAUCAUUUGUCUCUCUUUCUUUCGCCUCUUUCUCCCUCACUCACCCCCUUUCUACUACUAUCCUGCCCUAAUUUGCCCAAUGCUCUCUCUCUCUCCUCUACCCUCCUUCCCCCACUCCCUUCCUCUCUCCCCUCCUCCUCUCAGGUACAGACACACAGUGAGCCUGGGCAGUGUGGCUGUGAUGUGUCAGUUCUGCAAGCCUCCCCAGUCCCUGGAGGCCACUAAGGGCUGCGCCGACUGCCGAGCCAGCUUCUGUAACGAGUGUUUCAAGCUCUACCACCCCUGGGGGACACCGCGCGCCCAGCACGAACACGUCCAGCCCACCCUCAACUUUAGGCCCAAGGUGAGGCCUGCCUCUCUCUCAUCCCUCUCUCUCCUCUCUCAUCCCUCUCUAUCCUCUCUCAUCCCUCUCUCUCCUCUCUCAUCCCUCUCUCUCCUCUCUCAUCCCUCUCUCUCCUCUCUCAUCCCUCUCUCUCCUCUCUCAUCCCUCUCUAUCCUCUCUCAUCCCUCUCUAUCCUCUCUCAUCCUUCUAUCCUCUCUCUCCCCUCUCCUCCCAUCCCUCUUAUCCUCUUCAUCCCUCUCUAUCCUCUCAUCCUCUCUAUCCUCUCAUCCUCUCUAUCCUCUCUCAUCCCUCCUCUCCUCUCUCAUCCCUCUCUCCCUCUCUCAUCCCUCUCUAUCCUUCUCAUCCCUCUCUAUCCUCUCUCAUCCCUCUCCUCCUCUCUCAUCCCUCUCUCUCCUCUCUCCCUCCUCUCCAUCCCUCGAUCCUCUCUCAUCCCUCCUAUCCCUCUCAUCCCCUCUAUCCUCUCUCAUCCCCUCUAUCCUCUUUCAUCCAUCCUCCCUCUCUCAGCCCUCUCUACCUCUCUCACCCUCCUAUCCUCUUUCAUCCACUCUCUCCUCUCUCUCCUCCUCUCUCAUCCCCUCUCUCCCUCUCUCCCCCUAUCCUCUCUCCUCUCUCUCCCUCUCUCCCCUCUAUCCUCUCCAUCCCUCUCCUCCCUCUCUCCCCUCUCACCCUCUGCCCCUCUCUAUCCUCUCUCUCCCCUCUCUCCUCCUCUCUCCCCUCUAUCCUCCUCCUCCCCUCUCUCCUCUCUCUCCCUCUCUUCCUCUCUCAUCCCUCUCUAUCCUCUCUCACCCUCUCUAUCCCCUCAUCCCUCCUCUCCCUCUCCAUCCUCCCCCUCUCAUCCUCUCUUCCCUCUCAUCCUCUCUAUCCUCCCUCCCUCCUCCUCCUCUCUCUCCCUCUCACUCUCAUCCUCUCCAUCCGUCGAACCUCCGAGCCUCACGCUCCCACCACGCUCAGCCGCUCUAGCCGCCGCCCAUCAGCCCGCGAGCGCGCCUCUCUCACCAGCCCUUCCUGCGCACCGACCCCGCCUGACCCGCUCUAGUCCUCGCUCACCCCUCUACCCUCAUCCCUCUCAUCAGGCGCAGCCCAGCACCCUCACCCCUCUUGAGAGAUGCACCACGGUCAUUCUCCUCUCUCCCCCCAUCCCUCUCUCCUCUGCUAGCCGCUCUCUCUCUCUCAUCCCUCUUCUCUCUCUAUCCCUCCUCUCCUCAUCCCUCUUGCCUCUCCUCGUCCAGGUUCUGUCGUGUCCGGAGCAUGACCAGGAGCGUCUGCAUUUCUACUGUAGGACGUGCCAGCGGUUGCUGUGUCCGCUCUGCAAGCUGCGUCGCGUCCACGCCGGGCACAAGGUGGCGCCAGUCGCCCAGGCCUACCAGACUCUCAAGGUGGGCAUCUGGGUGCAAUAGCUUAAUUGGUUAUAGCAUGGUUCCUGCAUUGGCCUUAUACUGUACAAUAUACUGAAUAAUGUAUGUAAUACAUUUGAGCUGCUUUGCAUAAAAGUACCUGCUAAAUGGUAAUAUUGUUAUACUCUAUGGCAUUAGUGGAUAUCACACGCAAUGGAGAUUGGCCAUCAAUGGUUGGUGGUUAGUCUAGUAGUACAGUGCAUGACAGAAAAGGGGUAAGAGUAGCCAUUGAACUGUGGGUUUAGGUCAUCCAGUGUGUAAGAGAUGAGUACAGUUAAAAUGUAGGGUAAUACAGAGCUACUGUUGUGCAUUAGGAUUAAGUCUGGUCUGGGUAUUAACUCUUUGUUUGUUGUCACUGUUUAUUUGGCAGGACAAGAUUACCAAGGAGAUGAACUACAUUCUGGCCAACCAGGAGACAGUGCUGGGCCAGAUCACACAGCUGGAGAGUGCCAUCACUCAGACAGAGGUGACUAAAUAAUAUUGCAGUCUGCAGAGCUCCAGAAAAAAGCAGGAUCAAUGAGUUAGCCAGCUAACUUUGAUAAACAACCAGGAAUAACUAUAUAUUUUCUGGUUCAUUAAGAAAAUUAAACUUAGAUAUGUGUUUUUUGUUGUUGGGUCAAUUAGACCAUGGCCAUUUCAAGUUAUUUCAGAAUAUUUAGGUGAGUUAGGAUCAUUGAUCCUACUGACCACACCACCAUGGACAACAUUGUUUACCACAGUAAACAUAAUGUGCUACUGUAUACUGUAUAUAUAAUAUCUUGCUCUAGGGUCCUAACCUGUGUGUUUCUGUGGAAUACAUAAUCUCUGUGGUCCUCCUAAUCUCCCUGUGUGUUGCUGUCUGACUGUUGAACAGCGUAGCCAGUCUUAAUCACAGAAUGAAAUAGAACACGACUCUAGAAUAAUAUAGAUGAAUAUGCAGUAUAUCUCUAUGGUCCUAACCUCAUUGUGUGUUGCUGUCUGUCCCCAGGCGAACAGCGUAGCGGCACGGGAGCAGCUGUCUCAGAGCGUGAGGGACCUGACUGCCCUCCUCGCCGAGCGCCACGCCUCAUUGGCCCAAGCCCUGGAGGGGGCGCGGCAGAAGCGGGGCGAGGCGUUGGCGGGCCAGGUGGCGGAGAGGCGGAGCUUGCUGGAGCAUGCAGGCCUCAUGGCGUUGUCCCAGGAGCUGCUGAAGGAGACGGACCCGCCCUGCUUUGUCCAGGCAGCGCGCCAGACACAUAGCAGGUACACACAAUAGGUCUGACUGGCUGGACGGCAGACAGCUUGGCAACUUAUACAAAUAGCACCCUAUUGUUAUACAAAUGGCAGCCCAUUCUUAAACAAAUAACACCCUAUUCCACAUAGGGCUCUGGUCAAAAGUAGUGCACUGGAGGGAAUAGGGUGCUAUUUGGGACGCAUACCUAGGGCUCUUUAACUCCCUAGUUUUGUUGUUUGUUCAUUUUUCUGUACCUUUGUUUGUUUGUUUCUCUGUUCGUAUUGUUCCAUUUCUCCUCCCACUCCUUCUAUCAAUGUCUAUUGUCUAUGCUUCUUUCCCUUUUUUGUGUAUGUUUUCACUGCUCAUCCCACAUCAUCAGCAAAAUGACAAAUGGACACAAGAGGGAGUCAGUGGACCUGUUUGAUAAAGAUAACAUGGUGUGGUUUUAGUGAUGGUGUUCUAUUUACAUUUAAAUUUUUAGUCAUUUACUAGUUGUGCUCCAACCAGUAUUCACUGUUUCCAAUGAUAGUUUGUUAGACUGACACUGGCAUGUAUUCACACCUCUUGACUUCUUCCACAUUUUGUUGUGUUACAGCCUGAAUUUUCAUUGGAUUACAUUUCUGAUCUACACACAAUACCCCACAAUGUCACAGUGGAAUUAUGUUUUUAGAAAUGAAUUCAAAUGAAAUGCUGAAAUGUCUUCAGUCAAUAAGUAUUCAACCCCUUUGUUAUGGCAAGCCUAAAUAAGUUCAGAAGUAAAAAUGUGCUUAACAAAUCGCAUAAUAAGUUGCAUGGACUCAUUCCAUGUUCAAUAAUAUUGGUUAACAGGAAUUUUGAAUAACUACCCCAUCUCUGUACCCCACACAUACAAUUAUCUGUAAGGUCCCUCAAUCGAGUAGUGAAUUUCAAACACAGAUUUAACCACAAAGACCAGGGAGGUUUUUCAAAGCCUCGCAAAGAAGGGCACCGAUUGCUAGAUGUGUAAAAAUAAAAAAGCAGAUGCUGAAUAGCCCUUUGAGCAUGGUGAAGUUAUUAAUUAGGCUUUGGAUGGUGUAUCAAUACACCCAGUCACUACAAAAAUACAGGCGUCCUUCCUAACUCAGUUGCCGGAGAGGAAGGAAACUGCUCAGGGAUUUUACAUGAGGCCAAUGGUGAUAUUAAAACAGUUACAGUGUUUAAUGGUUGUGAUAUGAGAAAACUUAGGAUGGAUCAACAACAUUGUAUUUACUCCAUAGUGAAAAGAAGGAAGCCUGUACAGAAUAAAAAUAUUCCAAAACAUGCAUCCUGCUUGCAACAAGGCACUUAAAUAAUACUGCAAGAAAUGUGGCAAAGAAAUUAACUUUUUGUACUGAAUACAAAAGCAUUAUAUUUGGGGCAAAUCCAACAACACAUCACACAAGAGUACCACUCUUCAUAUUUUCAAGAAUGGUGGUGCUGCAUCAUGUUAUGGUAUGCUUGUAAUCUGCAAGGACUAGGGAGGUUUUUAGGAUAAAAAGAAACAGAAUAGAGGUACGCACAGGCAAAAUCCUAGAGGAAAACCUGGUUCAGCCUGCUUUCCAACAGACACUGGGAGACAAAUUCACCUUUCAGCAGGACAAUAACCUAAAACACAAGGCCAAAUAUACACUGGAGUUGCUUACCAAGAUGACACUGAAUGUUUCUGAGUGGCCGAGUUACAGUUUUGACUAAAAUCGGCUUGAAAAUCUAUGGCAAGACUUGGAAAUGGCUGUCUAACAAUGAUCAACAAUCAACUUGACAGAGCUUAAAAAAAAAAAAGGGCAAAUAUUGUACAAUCCAGGUGUGCAAAGCUCUUAGAGACUUACCCAGAAAGAUUCACAGCUGUAAUCUCAGCCAAAGGUGAUUCUAACAUGUAUUGAUUCAGGGGUGUGAAUACUUAUGUAAAUUAGAUAUUUCUGUAUUUAAUCUUCAAUACAUUUGGCCAAUUUUCUUUAAACAUGUUUUCACUUUGUCAUUAUGGAGUAUUGUUUAUAGGUGGGUGAGAAAAAAAAUCUAUUUACUCAAUUUUGAAUUCAGGCUGUAACACAGCAAAAUGUGAAAUAAGUCAAGGGGUAUGAAUACUUUCUGAAGGCACUGUAUGUGAAAAUGAACAUACCAAAAUGAACUGCAAAGCACACUGGGUAUUAUUAUUGGCCUUUUUUCGGGGUCACGUCUUGAUGGGAUACAGCUUAGCCUAAUUCUCCUAACCUGCUACGUUAAUUAUCCUAACCUGCUGCGUAUGUUCUUCUAAACCUGCUAUGAAAAGUACAUUUUGACAAAAGCUGUAUCCCUUCUAAACAAAACCUUGUUUUGGGGUGGAGCUCAUUAGAAUAAUACUGAGCAUGCUUUGCAAUUGGCCAUUUUUACAUACACAUUUAUAUUUAGUUCAUUUAGCAGACGUUCUUAUUAUACCAUAGUGCCAUCAGACUUCUGAUACCAAUGUAGGGUGAAAGGGGGCCACAAAAUGGUGAACCGCUAUAAAAAAAAGUGUAUAUUUUGAAAAUACUAAUUAUAGCUCUUGAAAGUAUCUUGUUACAAAAUACAUUGGAAUGUAGUUCAGCCCAGUGCAUUACAAAUUACAAAAUGCUCAGAAGUGAUUGAAAUACAUAUUUCAAAUACAUGUUGUAGAAAUACUGCCCAUCUAUGUGCGUAUUAUCCUAAUAAUUGUUAAGUCUGCAUAGUGCAUACCUACCUCCCCCGACUUGCAUAUCUCGUCUACUCCCAAACAAUUAUUCUAAACAUCUCCCCCUUUCUCUCUCGCGCUUCCUCCUCUCUCCCUCUCUCUCCCUCCCCUCUCUCCAUCUCGCUCUCCCCCCUGCCGCUCUCUCCAAGGUUAUCCACGUCCAUCGAGGGGCUGCAGUGUUUCUCUCUGGCCGCUGAUCCCUCCUUCAGACACUUCCAGCUGGACGUCUCCAAAGAGCUCAAACUCCUCACAGACCUGCAGUUCAUCCAGGGUGAGAGAGAGGAUAAGAGGAGGCUUAAGGAGGGGACUAGGGGGCUAGGGAGGGGUAGAGGGAUAGAGUCAACCAGAGAGGGUUAGGGCAACGUCAUCUCGCUGAGUCUGCCUUUAAUUAUGUAAUAUUACUGCAUCUUCAAAUAUAUAUUAGCAAACUGUAAUGAACAUUUGGUAGUAUUGCAUAUGUAAUCAAGCCAGAGAGAAUUGUAUGUUUGUGUAUCUAACAUCUGAAUGACAGCUGUAAUGUUUUCUCCCAUCAGCCCCUCUGGCCCCUGUCAUUGACACCCAAAAGACCCUGGCCUAUGACAAGCUUUUUCUGUGUUGGCGGCUGCCUCAGGAAUCCGCCGCCGCCUGGCACUUCUCUGUCGAGUUCCGUCGCCGGGGGGUGGUGCCAGGAGGUGGGGCCAGGGGUGGUAUCCAAGGACGAUUGGCUGCGGCCCGAUGGGGCUGGCAGCGGCUGGAGGAAGUGGGCGGGACUAGUGCAGUGAUUGACAGGUUGGAGAUGGACAGUGUGUAUGUGUUGAGGGUGAGAGGCUGCAACAAGGCGGGCUUCGGGGAGUACAGUGAGGAGGUGUACCUACACACUCCGCCAGCACCAGGUGAGGUCUAUACACCGUUCUAUAGACGCACACACUGUACACACGCACACGCACAAACACAAACACAAACACAAUCACAAACACACACACACACACACACACACACACACACACACACACUUGGCCUCAUCAUAAGCUGAUAUGCAUUAGAACAGUAUCCAUGGAGAUCAUCUUAAUGACAAAUGUCUCUCUUUUUCUGCCCAUUCCCAUCCUUCUCUCUACCAAUACCAUCCAUCUCUCCUCCCAUGCCUCUCUUUACCCAUCCCAUCUCUCUAUCCAACCCAUCCUCUUUCCUCUUUACACUUUGUCUUCACAUAUCUCUCCUCAUCUCACUCAUUCCGCUCCUAGGUCCAAUCUCACAAUCCACAUCUCUCCCUCUGCCUGUUAGUGUGAGCAUCUACAUCAUUUUCUCCUUUUUCCUCUUGCUGCUUCGCACAUAUCUCUACCUCUUUUUACAUUUAUACCAUGCAUCUCUUGUCCUCCCAGCCACCCUCUUUCUCCCUCUCUCCCAUAAUGAUAUCUCAGUGUGUUGAUGAGGUUUGCUGUUUGUUAAGACCUGAAGCUUAACACAUGGAUUUGGUUGAUUGAGAUCCAUGCUAAUGGGUCUGAGAAGUCCUGAGUGGUCAAUGUAUCCCUCGUCUCCCCUGGUAAAAUCUUCUAUCCUGUUAUAUUUCCCUCAGGAAUAUUAAUCCCAAAAAUUAUUCCAAUAAUAAUCCCAGUUUAGGAAAGAUGCAUCCCCUGCUCUUUUCAUUGACCUUUUGCUUUGACUGUUUUCUAUCAGUUUCCAGUUUGUUGAUGAAAGACAGUUUGACUCCCUCUCUAUUAGUCCUUGUCUCCUUUCCUCAUUCCAGAGGAGAUGCAUGUUCUCUAUACCUCUCCCCUCUCAGUUCUUUCCUUGCCCUGAUUCUAUGUCUUACUACUCCUCUAUCCCUGUAUUUACGUCCUCUGUGCCCUUAACUUCUACCCUCUUUCCUAUUUCACUUCUUUACUCCAUCCCAUCAAAACCCUCCCCUUCCCGCUUCUCUCUUUCCUGAAAAUGCACUCCUUCUUCCACCCUCCCUCCCUCUCUCCCUCCAUCUCCCUCUCCUCCUGCCUCCCUCCAUCUCACUCUCAUCCCCUGCCCUCCUCUCUCAGUGUUAAAUUUCUACCUGGACUCUCGCUGGGGUCUCCAUGCUGACCGGCUGGUGGUGAGUAAGGAGCAGCGCUGCGCCCGGAGCGUCCCCGGUCUGUCCCUGUUGCAGGCCACCGACCUAGCGCUCACUUCCUGUCACCUGACUGCAGACCUCCUGGUGGGCGAUGUGGCCAUCACCCAGGGCAGGCACUACUGGGCAUGCUCAGUGGAGCCCGGCUCCUAUCUGGUCAAGGCAAGUGGAACAGCUGGGAAGAGAGUUUUGCCCAAUACCAUAUCGUCCCCAAAGCGCCGUGCCCUAUUCACCUGUGGAGAUCUGAGAGGAUUUGACAAGUGAAAUCCAUUUGGUAAUAGCUCCACCUUGCCCUCUGAUAGGCUAAGUGGAAGUUUACCCAUAUUGCUAAUACCAAUCAAAUCCUCACAGAUCUCCACUAGUGCAUAGGGUUUAGAGAACAAUUUGGGAUUGGCCCUUACUGUACACUACCGGUCAAAAGUUUUAGACACAGGGCAGCAGGUAGCUUAGUGGUUAAGAGCCUUGUGCCAGUAACCGAAAGGUCGCUGGUUCUAAUCCCCGAGCCGACUAGGUGAAAAAUCUGUCGAUGUGCCCUUGAGCAAGGCACUUAACCCUAAUUGCUCCUGUAAAUCGCUCUGGAUAAGAGCGUCUGCUAAAUGACUAAUUAUUAUAACACCUACUCAUUCAAGGUUUAUUUUUUAUUUUGACUAUUUUCUACAUUGCAGAAUAAUAGUGAAGACAUCAAAACUAUGAAAUAACACAUAUGGAAUCAUGUAGUAACCAAAAAAGUGUUAAACAAAAAUAUAUUUUAUAUUUGAGGUUCUUCAAAUAGCCACCCUUUGCCUUGAUGACAGCUUUGCACACUCAUAUGCUCAGCAUAUGUGGGAACUCCUUCAAGACUGUUGGAAAAACAUUCCAGGUGAAGCUGGUUGAGAGAAUGCCAAGAGUGUGCAAAGCUGUCAUCCAGGCAAAGGGUGGCUAUUUGAAGAACCUUAAAUAUAAAAUAUAUUUUGAUUUGUUUAUAACUUUUGUGGUUACUACAUUAUUCCAUAUGUGUUAUUUCAUAGUUUUGAUGUCUUCAUUAUUAUUCUACAAUGUAGAAAAUAGUAAAAAUAAAGAAAAUACCAUGAAUGAGGAGGUGUUCUAAAACAUUUGACCGGUGGUGUACUGUAGAUGGUGUGGUGUAUCUUGUAAGUUUUUUGUAGGCUAUAUACAAAAACUUGUAUGAAAAUGAAUGUGUGAUCAUAUGUGUUUUUGCAUGUUGACCUCUUGGGUAAUGAUGUACUCUGGGGUCUGAAAUUAUUGGCACCCUUGAUAAAGAUGAGCAAAAAAGACUGUGUAAAAUAUAUAAUACAAAUACUGAGCUAUAUUGUAUGCACAACAAAUGUGGAAAUUAUGUUAUUUUGUGCUAAUAUAAUUGCUCAGAGAAAGAGAUUUAGUUAACAACACAUAUUUAUUUUUCUCAAAAAGAUAGGGGUCAAGAUUAUUGGCACCCCCUUUUCAGUGGCUCUCUCUAUCUGUUCCACAGGUGGGGGUGGGCCUAGAGACCAAACUACAGGAGUGGUUUCAUCUUCCCCAAGACAUGGCCAGUCCCCGGUGAGUGGUGCUGGAGGUUAAGGCUGUAAAGUGCAUGGAGUACAGGAAGUAGUCAAUGGAAAAUAUGUUGAGGAGAGACUGACCUACAUCAGGGCUUGUAUAAAAAAGUGCUGGUCUAGGAUCACUUUAUCCUUUUACAGCGUAAUGAAUAAGAUUACAUGGACAGAGGGACAUGAAGAUCAGCCUUCCUACACUGAGACGCUUUAGGAAUACGGGCCCUAGUUGUGUGUGUGUAUGACUCAGCUUUCUCUCUCUCUCUCUCUCCUCGGAGCGCGAGCGAGACGAGCGAGACGCGAGAGCGAGAGACGAGCUGAGCACGAACAACGAGACGCGCGAGAGCGCAACGCGCGCGCGAGGCGCCUCACUCUCCAUCUCGCUCUCUCCCACACUCGCUCUCCCCCCCCCCCCCCCGGCCCCCCCCCCCCCCCCCCCCCCCCCCUGUAGCUAUGACCCAGACAGUGGCCAUGACAGUGGGGCGGAGGAUUCCUUGGACUCCCCUCCCCCCUUCUCCUUCCUCACCAUGGGCAUGGGCAAGAUCUUCCUGCCCCACGCUCCCAACCAUCAUAACAACCACGGUUGCCCCGCCAAUGGCACCAGCCCUCGCCGCAGCCCCACAAUCGCCAACGGAAACAGCCCCGCCUCCUCGCCUACGGGCCUCACCUACCCACUGCCUCCCAGGCUCGGGGUGUGCCUUGACUUCGAGAAGGGUCGCGUCACUUUCUACGAUGCCCACUCGCUCCGUCCACUGUGGGAGGGGCCUGUCGAUUGCUCCGGCCCCGUUUGUCCGGCUUUCUGUUUUAUUGGCGGAGGGGCGCUGCAGUUACAGGAGCUGGUGGCCAAUCGGAUGGCAGACCAGACUCCA